AUGGAGAAAACCCAUGUCUGCGUUGUUGGCGCCGGUAUAUCUGGGCUGCGGUGUGCCGAUAUCCUUCUUUCUCACGGAUUCAAGGUGACCAUCUUCGAAGCACGCGACAGAAUAGGUGGUCGGGGAAACUGGGAUACACGGCCGAUAUGUGAAUGCCUUGGCCGACCACAACCUUCAGGCCUUGAAUUAACAACUAACGAAGGCAGUGGCCCAAACUGGAUCCAUGCCUACCGCGACGCCGAAGCACCUCACCCCAUCCACAAACUAGCCACAGAAACGAACACACCGCUGCAUCACUGGAACAACAAGCAACUGCUCUUUGACCCGAGCGGCAACAAGCUCCCGGAUGACUUAACAGAGCGUCUGUCGACUACCCUAUGGGAGAUCAUUGAACAGGCCUUUGAGUUCAGCAAGGCCGCCCAUGACAGGGACGGAGGCCAGGAGAUUCCAAUCAACGACUCGUUGCAGGAUUUCAUCCGACGAAAAGCUCACGAGGUCAUCAGCGAUGAGAACGAGCGUGAGCUGUUAGUGCACAUGAGCGAGAUGUUUGGGGCAUACGUUGGCGAGCCCGUGUGGAAACAAAGCCUACGCUUUGCUUGGAUGGAGGAGUGCUGUGGUGGAGAGGAGAUGUUUGUCGCAUCCAACUAUUCGUCUAUCCUCGCGCUUGCCGCCAAGCCCGCCCUCGACGGCGCAACCAUCCACCUCAACACGUGCGUUGUCGGCGUCUCCUUUCAUCACGCCCCCUCGAACUCAGAGCGCCAAGCUGUAACCGUCACCACCUCCUAUGGACAAACUCUAUCCUUCGACGAGGUUGUCAUGACGACACCCCUAGGCUGGCUGAAGCGCAACCACACCGCCGUCUUCAACCCGCCGCUCCCUCCGCGCCUUAACGACGCGAUAGCCAACAUCUCGCUCUCUCAACUCGAGAAGGUCUUCAUCAACUUCCCCGCCGCUUUCUGGAAAAAACACUGCACCCACACGGAUCAAUUCCCAUGUUACACCAACUGGCUUACCCCCAGCUACGCCCCCUCCACCAACCCAUCCAAAUGGCCCCAAGAGAUCUGGGACCUGUCGUCGUUUGCGGAACCAAACAACCAUCCAACUAUUCUGUUCUACCUCUACGGAGACUGCGCGCGGCACGUCGUCGAUCUGAUCCACGGUCAGGCCGCCGACGUGAAGCAUCGCCUGCUAGACGACUUUUUCCGGCCCUACUACUCCAAGCUUCCCGGGUACGACGCCGUGGACCCCGAUUGCAGGCCCCGCGCCAUCCUCGCGACAGAGUGGUUCAAAGACGAGCUGAGCGGGAACGCGAGCUACUGUAACUUCCAGGUCGGGGUGGAGGCGGCCGACCAGGACGUGCUCGCCCUCCGGGAAGGGUGCGUCGAGAGGAGGCUAUGGUUUUGUGGUGAGCAUGCCGCGCCGUUUGAGGAGUGUGGGACUGUGGCUGGGGCGUAUCUUAGUGGGGAGAGUACUGGGAUGAGGAUUGUAGAGUUCUAUAAAGGGAGGUCUUAA